GGCGGAGCGGCCGCGGCCCCACGUGCGGCGGUACCGGGACCGGGAGCGUGGGAGCCCCAGGGGCCGGGAGCGAGCCGUGUCUCGGCAUGGCCCGGCGGCAGGGAGCGGGGCAGGAGCAGGACGGCGUGCCGGGAGCGGGGCAGGGCGGCCCGGUGCCCCUCGACCCCCGCGGGGUGCUGCGGCAGGGCCGAGCCUUCCUCGACUUGUUCUGGGACAUCGCCAAACCCGAGCAGGAGGCGCGGCUGGAGGCCACGGAGCGGCUGCUGCGGCACCUGCGGGAGCGCAGGGAGGAUGAUGAGCUCAAAUACACGCUGAAACGCCUGGUGGAAGGGUUGGGAGCCACCCGAGAAGCUGCCCGACCUGGCUUCAGCCUGGCCCUGGCGCAGGUUUUACAGGCUUUUGAGGAAAUACCCAUCUGCAGCGUCCUGGAACAGAUCAAAGAAAAACACAAUCUGGAAAAAGUGAAAAAGAAACUUGUGAGAAAUGCUGCUUUUGGGAACUUUUUUGGUGUCAUGGCUCUGUUUCAAUCUGGCCGGCUCGUUAAGGACCGGAAAGCUCUGUUGGAGAGCAUCCAGCUUCUCCAGCAGCUGGCACGUUACCAAGCACACCUCAGAGAUCUCCCUCGCAAAACUCUUAUCGACAUCACAUCCGAGGUUCCUGAAGCUGUGUUUGAGGAUGUCCUGUUUGGCAUUCUGCAAAGUGACCUUGCUUCAGCCUUCACGUCUCCAGAGAACCUGCACCUUUUGCUUGUGGGCAUACAGAAAUUCCCUGCUGUUCUGAAACCUGGGAAACUGAAAAAGCUGUUUGGCUCACCCACUGUUGUAAAUGAGGAAAAUAUUCCCAGACUUGUCGAGCUUCUGCAAAGUGCUGCCAAAUCUGAGAAGAAGGACAAGAAAUUGCCCAGUGUAGCGUUUGAUUUGCUACAAGUUUCACUGAAGGAAGGUGCCUUUGAACUGUUCUGGAAAGAAGGGGUGGAGAACAGGCUACUGAAGGAGAAAUCGGGACCCGUGAGUUACAUGUGCUACCGGUUGCUGGGCAGUGCUCUCCCCUUGUUGUCUCUGGAUCAGCUACAGAUGGUUCUCAAAGGGAAGGUGAUGCAGCACUACGGAGAACAUGUGAUAACAACUCAGCUUCCAGACCGGUUUAAGUUUGCUCCAGAGAUGGAAACGUAUAUAGAUGAAUUUCUGAAAAGCUGUGAUGACACAGAGAGGCAGCUGGAGGUGGUGAUCGGCUUCUCUACUCUCACCAAUCAAGGCUAUCCAGUAUUUUCUGGCUCUUCCAGGGUAGUUGUACACCUGCAGCCAGUGGCAUUACAAAAAUAUGUUGCCUGGCUCAAAGACAUGUUUCUCAAGCCAGACUUUGACUGUUGUUUAGACUUCUCAAGUAACCGGCAAAAACAGAACCGAGAAAAUAUAAACACGGCGCAAUAUAAGAUAAAUCGAUUAAGAAAAUGGAUAAUCCACCGCCUUGCUAACAUCAUUGAAAGUCAAGCAAAAAAAGAUGAGAGCCUCGUGGUGGACAUUUCCAGGUUUUGCUUCUUCCAUGCUUUUUUUGAGGCUAAGAAAAAGACUCCUCAGAUACAAGAGGCAAAUGUCCUUCCAUCAGAGCCCCUAGAUGAGCAUGCUCAUUCAGUGACAGAAAACUACUUCUUUGGGUUGCUUCAGAACUUAAACACCUUGCCUGUUUUGGGAGAUACAGCAAAGGCUGCAGCCCUGAGGGAGAAGCACAUCCAUGGUGUGACUGCAGAUGGGAAGCUCUGGAUCUUUCUUCUUGUUCAAUAUGCCAACAAGCUGCUCUCCAGUGGGCACGUCAGACCUGUGAAGCCUUUUACCGAGGGACAGAGGGAUGCCUGGGAGAGAACACUUCAGGCUGUGAAGAAUCUGCAGAAGAAGGAAAAUAAGUCAGACAGUGCCAAAGUAGUUGCUUUCCAGCAACUUCUGCUUUUAAUGGCCAUUCAUCUUUUCAAGAAUCCGUCAGAAACAGUGGAUGUUCUGAGUGACCUUCUGAACUGCACAGAGAGGGCAUUCAGCAAAGAACCUGAGAAUAAAAAGACUGACGAUGCAGAGCCAGGAUGGGUUGAAGUGAUGGUGGAAAUCCUUCUCUCCCUCCUUGCCCAACCCAGCCUACUCCUACGUCGGAUUUCCAAGAGUGUGUUUGUACGGAUAUGCCCUCAUCUGACCAAGAGGGGCUUGCAGCUGAUCCUGGAUGUUCUUGAUCCAUACAAAGAGCAGAAUGAAGAAAGUGCUGUUGUUGUGAUGGAAGAAUCGGGCAAAAAGAUCAAAUCCGCACAGGACACGGAUGAAGAAGGGAGUGAGGGCUCUUCAGAUGAAGACACUGAGGAGGAGAAUGACAGUGGAGAAGAGGAAAAGAAUGAAGAAGUCGAUGAUAAUUUUCGCAGUCAGCUGAUGAACGUGCUCCAGGCAGGGAAUGCAUUGGAAGGAGACGAGAGUGAUGAAGAGCUGGAUGAUGAGGCUAUGAUGGCUCUUGACAAGAACAUCUCAGCCCUUUUUGCGGAGAAGCAGAAACGGAUCCAGGCAAAGAAGGAUGAGAAAGGCAGGAUGUGGAAAGAGAAGAUCCUACGGAGGGAUUUCAAGAUUAAGGUGCUGGAUCUGAUUGAAGCGUUCUUGGUUAAGCAAUCGGAGAGCCCAUUGGUGUUUGACAUUAUUGAGCCCCUGCUUCGAGUGAUUGAACAAUGCAUGACCUCAGACUCAGACAAGCAGGAGGUUGACUUUCUCCAGAAAACAGCCAACAUCUUCAGGAACUCACUGUGCCGAACUAAACAGUACUGCAAGAGAGUGGAUGCUCUAAAAGAUGAUUUGCACAGUUUUGUGGAGAGGCUUGUGAAAAAAGCCUGCAAGCACACUCACUCUUCAGUGGCUCUCUAUUAUUUCAGUGCCUCACUAUACCUGCUCAAGGUGUUGAAAGGAAGCAUGUCCGAUAAGUCAUCAGCUCCUACCCCUCUGCCAGAGAAACAGAGCGAUGCCGUCCCACAGGCUGCUCAGCUUUUGAGCACAGGUUGUUUGGAUGUGGAGAGGGUGGCUGUACUAUAUCGGGAAGCACUGACACAGCUCUUUACUAAACGGAAGAGUGCCCUUACAAGCUCCAUGUUCUUUGAUCUCUUCAAACGAUUCCCGAUCAUGUGCAAGCUAUUAGUAGAUACUCUUGUCAAGUCUAUCACAGCAGGAGCGAGGCAACAUCAGCAGGCCCAGGCCUGCUCGCUUCUCCAAAAGGUUCUGCUGCUUCGUGAAUUGAAGUCCAUCGUGACAGAGGAGGAGUGGGAGGACUUGAUCAGAGAAAGCAUCAUCCAGCUGACGCAGAGUUUGAAAGCGCUUGACAAGCGUAUCCUGAAGGCUGACAAAGAGAAAGUUGCCAAGAACUUGGAGCUGUUGAACAUCCUCCUCAAAACUGUGACAGAACAGAAGCUUCGUGUGAAUUUGACGGAGUUGGACAAAGUGCUGGUAGCUCUGAACCAGGCAGAAGGCAUUGGGAGUUCAGCGCGUCUCGACUCUCUCUACUGGAACGUCAUGCGCUGGCUGAAUUAUACGAAGCCCAAGAAAGAGAAGACGGCCAAUAAGCCAGCACAGGAAGCAGAGUCCCUUAAGCGGAAAAAGAAAGGCUUCCUGCCAGCGACCAAGAAACGCAAGAAUCGCAAGAAAGGUAUCCAGGAGAAUGGGGCAGCACCAGAAGCUCCUGAAGAUGGAGAACCAGCAGCCCCAGAGGAGCUAGGAACAGAAACCCCCAAGCAGAAGAAAGGCCUUGUGCCUGGUAGCAGCAAACACAAGAAGCAGAACAGAGGGGUCAGGGAGAACGGAGUGGCGAAGGCAGAGAGCGGGACGGAAGCUGUUAAUGGAGGAGAUGCUGUGGCUGCCAAGAAGAAGAAGAAGAAAAGAAAGAAGAAUGUGAACAGAAAAAGAAAAUGUGAUGUAGGCAAUGAAGCCGAGCCAGGUCCAGCUGCAAAGAAAACCAAGGGAAGUGACAGCCAGGAGACUCAGCAGAAGCAGGGCAAAGCCAAGAAGAAAAGAAAAGAGAAGAAAACUCCAGUGCUGCAGGAGUAAAUUCCAUGGACUUGCCCAGGCCUGGCACGGCUAGUGUGGCUCAGAGGACUGUUUUAAUAUCUUUUAUAACUAUAGUUUUUAUGUCCUCCCUACCUUUAAAUAAACCUUCCGUGAUGCUGAGCCCUAAAGCUGCUUGUCUGAAUUGUGUGGAGAGUUCACCUUGAGCACAGGGAGCAUCAGGAGGUCACUCUCCCUUCUCUGGCAGUGCCAAACAGCCUGUGCUUGGGAGCACAGACUCUGUCUCCAUGUUUUCCCAAGGCAGAAGCGAAGGCUUGUUUGGAUUUCUGGGUGGCUGUGGUAGGUGUGCUGGCACUGCCGAGUCGUGUGGUCAAGGCCUGUGGGAGCUUCUCAGGUGACCCCUAAAGGCACAUUUCUGUCCUGCCCCGGCUGCACAGCACUCACAGCUUUUCCAGUCUGGGAGAUGC